GCUGCGGGCUCGGUCGGACGCUCAGAGAAGCUGCGGCCCAACGCGCCUCCGGACCAGCAGCACCGCGCUCGGCGCACCCUGACCCGACAGGCCGGCCAUGCAGGAGCCGCUGCUGGGAGCCGAGGCCCCGGACUAUGACACCUUCCCCGAGAAGCCGCCCCCGUCGCCGGGAGAGAGGACGCGGGUCGGGGCCACACAGAACAAGAGGGUGUUCCUGGCCACCUUCGCCGCCGUGCUGGGCAAUUUCAGCUUUGGAUAUGGCCUGGUGUACACGUCCCCCGUCAUCCCAGCCCUGGAGCACUCCUUGGAUCCGGACCUGAGUCUGACCAAAACCCAGGCAUCCUGGUUUGGGUCCGUGUUCACCUUGGGCGCGGCAGCUGGGGGCCUCAGUGCCAUGGUCCUCAAUGACCUCCUGGGCCGGAAGCUCAGCAUCAUGUUCUCGGCUGUACCCUCAGCAGCCGGCUAUGCGCUCAUGGCGGGUGCCCGUGGCCUCUGGAUGCUGCUGCUGGGGAGGACACUGACAGGCUUCGCCGGGGGGCUCACCGCCGCCUGCAUCCCGGUGUACGUGUCUGAGAUCGCUACCCCAGGCGUCCGUGGGGCCCUGGGGGCCACGCCUCAGCUCAUGGCAGUGUUCGGAUCACUGUCCCUCUACGCCCUUGGCCUCCUGCUGCCCUGGCGCUGGCUGGCAGUGGCCGGGGAGGGGCCCGUGCUCGUCAUGAUCCUGCUGCUCAGCUUCAUGCCCAACUCGCCUCGCUUCCUGCUCUCACGGGGCCGGGACUCGGAGGCCAUGCGGGCGCUGGCCUGGCUGCGAGGGGCUGACACCGACAUCCGCUGGGAGUUCGAGCAGAUCCAGGACAACGUCCGGAGACAGAGCAGCCGCAUGUCGUGGGCUGAGGCCCGGGACCCCCAUAUGUACCGACCCAUCCUCAUCGCCCUGCUGAUGCGCUUCCUGCAGCAGCUGACCGGCAUCACGCCCAUCCUCGUCUACCUGCAGUCCAUCUUCGACAGCACGGCUGUCCUGCUGCCCCCGAAGGAUGAUGCAGCCAUCGUAGGGGCCGUGAGGCUCCUGUCUGUGCUCAUCGCUGCCCUCACCAUGGACCUGGCGGGCCGCAAGAUUCUGCUCUUCGUCUCAGCACCCGGCACAGGACCUGGCAUGCACCAACUGCUGCAGAAAGCAGCCAUCAUGUUUGCUGCCAACCUGACACUGGGGCUAUACGUCCACUUUGGUCCGAAGCAUCUGACCCCCAACAGCACCAUGAGCCUGGAGGGUAUGCCCCUGGGGGGCACAGAGCAACCCCUGGCGACACCCACCAGCUACAUCACCCUGGUACCCCUGCUGGCCACCAUGCUCUUCAUCAUGGGCUAUGCCAUGGGCUGGGGGCCCAUCACCUGGCUCCUCAUGUCGGAGAUCCUGCCCCUGCGGGCCCGCGGCGUGGCCUCGGGGCUCUGUGUGCUCGUCAGCUGGCUCACGGCCUUCGCCCUCACCAAGUCCUUCCUGCUGGUGGUGAACGCCUUCGGCCUCCAGGUGCCUUUCUUCUUCUUUGCUGCCAUCUGCUUGGUGAACCUGCUGUUCACUGGCUGCUGCGUGCCCGAGACCAAGGGCCGGUCACUGGAGCAGAUCGAGUCCUUCUUCCGCACCGGGAGGAGGUCCUUCCUGCGCUAAGUCAAGGUCCCUGCCUAGGAGGGGCCAAACCACUGGGUGGCCAGGCCUCUGUGUUGUCCACAAACCUGCACCCCAAGUCCAGAAAGCAGCAGCAACCUGCCAUCAGCCAGAGCACAGGAGGACCGGCCAGAAGCGCAACAACCCCCCAGAGUGCGUGUCCUGGCUCUGGGCAGGCAACACCCAACCAGCCUGGGCCCCAACUCAGGCAGCCCACAGAGCUGCACACUCACUGGCCAAGAGCUGCUGAUGGAGGAGGCAGCUGUGGGCCACAGGGGAGCACACUGCCCAGGGCCUGGAGACAGGGCCCUGUAGGGUGACAUAGGGCCCAUUUCCUUACUCCUGAGCAGAGGACACCCCCCACAGAGGGCUGUGAUGAGGACACAGACACAGGGCUGGAGGUGGCCGAGUGGCUCCGCACAGGGACAUCGUCACAUCAUCCUGAUCACUCAGCCACCACUGAGCAUCUUGGCUACAGGGAAGAAGACAGAUCUGCACCUGGGAGGGCUUGUGGAGGCCACAGGGAACGGUGCGGACUCCCACAGGCUGGGGCACAGAACCCGACACAGAACUUCCGCCUGUACUCGCCAGUACAGUACCCUCAGGGGGGCUCUCGAGGGCUCGUGUCUGCAAACCAUGUUCACUCUAUUUGUAAAAAUAAAGAAAUCGGGCCUGCAGCCCUGGAGAGGAAGGAGCAGGCCUAUUCUA